CCGCACCCAGCCACCCGCAGUUUGAAAAAAAAAAGAAAAAAGUCAGAGGCUAGGUGCUGGGGAAAUUUUUAUGGGAAACAGGAGUCCUGACAGUGUUUCUUUCCAUAUAUAAGCAAAUGCGAGUCCAUUCGCAAUUCGGUUGCCAAUAAAUACAAGAAAAAAACAGAUCUAGCUGUUAUGCGUGAUUUGAGUGCUAAUUCCCCCCUAGUCUUCUCGAUUUGUCUGCCAGUGAUUGAAAUCAGCGGCCAUGGUUUCGACGAACAAGCUCAAAUCCGUCGAUUUUUACAGGAAAAUUCCUAGAGAUUUGACAGAGGCAUCGUUAUCAGGUGCAGGAUUAUCGAUAGUAGCUGCUCUAGCUAUGAUGUUUUUGUUUGGAAUGGAACUUAAUAGUUAUUUAACUGUCAACACUUCUACAUCUGUAAUUGUUGACAACAGUUCUGACGGGGAGUUCUUACGUAUCGAUUUCAAUAUCAGCUUUCCUUCACUCUCAUGUGAAUUUGCAUCGGUUGACGUGAGUGAUGUGUUAGGAACUGUAAGUUCUUUAUUUCUAUUGUUGUGUUUUAUCUAUUUAGUUUUAUGAAAUGAAUGGAUAGAU